AUGUCGGAACUAUCCUCAAACGACGUUAGUGCUGGUGGCCUCAAUGGUAUCAGCGAUCGCACGAGGGCCAAAUGGGCAGCAGGCUCCCCGGAAGAUAUCGCUGCCCGACUACCUCCAAUGCUCGACUUGACCAUCGAGAACAUUACUGAGAAUGUGAUGCAGAUCAACUCGAUGUGCGACAACCCUCGGAUGAUGUAUCUCAUCACGAAGCUAGUCAAAGCCUCGCAUGACUAUGUGCGAGACGUCAAUCUGCAAUUCGAUGAGUGGGAGCAAGCUUGGCAGUUCCUCACGCGCGUCGGUCAGAUAUCAACUGAUGUCCGCCAUGAGUUCGUUCUGCUGUCCGAUAUUUUGGGUAUCUCGGCCCUGGUGGACGCGCUAUCAUACCCUGCAGUCCCAGGCGCGACCGAGUCCUCUGUUUUGGGCCCAUUCCACGAUGAAGAAGCGCAUUGUUUCGAAUACGGAGAAUCAAUCACUUCCGAUGGAACUCCAGGUGAGCCCACUAUUGUCCGUGGUGCUGUUCGCGACAUCGAGGGCAACUGCGUUCCAAAGGCCUUGAUUGAUGUUUGGGAGACCGAUGGCAACGGAGUGUAUGAUCUCGAAUACGACGGUAGCCAAGACCCGAACUGCCGUGGCAAGAUCUUCACGGAUUCCCGUGGCCAGUACCUUUUCAAGUGUGUCAAGCCGGUUGCAUACCCCAUCUCCAAUGAUGGCCCCGUCGGAGAGCUCCUGCGCAAGCUAAAGAGACACUGGUACCGCCCAGCGCAUAUGCACUUCAUGGUCAUGCACCCUGAGUACACCAAGCUAAUCACGGCCCUGUAUUCCCGCGACAGUGACUAUGUCGAAAGCGAUACUGUCUUCGGCGUCAAGAAAAGUUUGAUUGUCGACUAUAAAUGGUCUGAGGAUCUGGAAAUCGCUAAGCAGCAUAAUCUGGUUCCCAUGAAGAAAACCAUUGAUGGCAAGGAGUCUACGGGCUUUUGGCUGUUGGACCAAGACUUUGUAUUGGUGAAGAAGAGUCUUCCUCCUCCUCGUAAAGUUAGGGAUGACUAG